GCGGGCGGCGCCGCUGCGCUAUGCGCGGGCGGCCAUGCGAUGGCGGUCGGUGGUGCUGGGGCUGCUGCUGCUGCGGCUCGGGCUGCAGGCGCUGCUGGCGCUGCUGCCCGCGCUGGCCCGCGGGCUCUGCCUGCACCCGCGCCUGCCCUGCCCCGGCCCGCGGCCGCCCGCGCUGCCCGGCCCGCCCGCGGGCGCUGCGGGCCGCGGGGCCCGGCUGUGGGGCGCGGCGGCGGGCGGCGAUGAGUACGAGCGGCGCUACAGCGGCGCCUUCCCCCCGCAGCUGCGGGCGAGGCUCCGCGACGCGGCCCGGGGCAUGUUCGUGUUCGGCUACGACAGCUACAUGGAGCACGCCUUCCCCCGCGACGAGCUCGACCCGCUGCACUGCCGCGGCCGCGGGCCCGACCGCCGCGACCCCUCCAACCUGAACAUCAAUGAUGUGCUGGGCAACUACUCCCUGACGCUGAUCGACGCGCUGGACACGCUGGCGGUAAUGGGAAACUCCUCAGAAUUCCAGAAGGCAGUGAAGUUGGUGAUUGACACAGUUUCAUUUGACAAAGACUCAACAGUCCAAGUUUUUGAGGCAACAAUCAGGGUUUUGGGAAGCCUGCUGUCUGCCCACAUCAUAAUUACAGACACCAAGCAGCCCUUUGGUGACAUGACCAUUAAGGAUUAUGACAAUGAGCUGCUGCACUUGGCUCAUGACCUGGCAGUGAGGCUGCUCCCAGCCUUUGAGAACACCAAAACUGGCAUUCCCUAUCCUCGGGUGAACCUGAAGAAGGGGGUUCCUCCAGACAGCCACAAUGAGACCUGCACAGCAGGAGCUGGAUCCUUGCUGGUGGAGUUUGGGAUCCUCAGCAGGCUGCUUGGGGAUUCCACCUUCGAGUGGGUGGCCAGGAGAGCUGUGAAGGCCCUGUGGAGCCUCAGGAGCAAUAACACUGGACUGCUGGGAAACGUUGUGAAUAUCCAGACUGGCCACUGGGUUGGAAAGCAGAGUGGACUGGGAGCAGGGUCAGAUUCGUUCUAUGAGUACCUGCUGAAGUCCUACAUCCUCUUUGGGGAGAAGGAAGACCUGGAGAUGUUCAACGCUGCUUACCAGAACAUUCAGAACCACUUGAGGAGAGGGAGGGAGGCCUGCAAUGAGGGGGAAGGGGACCCUCCCCUCUACGUCAACGUCAACAUGUACACGGGCCAGCUGAUGAACACCUGGAUCGACUCCCUGCAGGCCUUCUUCCCUGGACUGCAGGUGUUGAUAGGAGAUGUGGAAGAUGCCAUUUGCCUCCAUGCCUUCUAUUAUGCCAUAUGGAAACGCUAUGGGGCUCUCCCAGAGAGGUACAACUGGCAGCUGCAGGCCCCAGAUGUUCCCUUCUACCCGCUGAGGCCGGAGCUGGUGGAGUCCACAUAUCUCCUCUAUCAGGCCACAAAGAACCCAUUUUACCUUCAUGUGGGAAUGGAUAUUCUGCAGAGUUUGGAAAAAUAUACAAAAGCAAAGUGUGGCUAUGCCACGUUGCACCACGUGGUGGACAAGACCAAGGAGGAUCGAAUGGAGAGCUUUUUUCUCAGUGAAACCUGCAAAUAUUUGUACCUGCUGUUUGAUGAAGAGAAUCCAGUGCAUAAAUCUGGGAAUAAGUUCAUGUUCACUACUGAGGGCCACGUGGUGUCUGUGGACGAGCGUUUCCGGAGCUCGCUGUGGGAGGACAUCCUGCCUGCAGGGGAGGACAGCCUCAAAACCAAACCCUCCGAGCUCAAGGCUGCCAACUUCAGCUCCAACUGUAACAGAGUCCCUGAUGAGAGGAGGUACCUGCUGCCCCUCAAGAGCAACUACAUGAGGCAGAUCGACAGAAUGGUGGGACUGAUCUGAGGGACUGCAGGGACCUGGGGGCAGCCUGGCAUCCUCUGCACACACUGCUGCCCUUCAGCUGCUCCCUGCACAGGCUGGCUCCCCCAGGUGUCCCUGGACACAAGGGGAUGGAGCUCACUCCUCCGAGCUGGGGUAACCCCCGUGCCACCUGAACAAACAGCUCUUGUUUCAAGGCUUCCUAUGAGAAAUGUUGUUGCAAAUGAAGGCUGAAUAUAUUUUAAAAGGAAAAGAAGGCAAAUUGGCCUGUGCCACCUAGCUACCUCUUUGUAGCUGUGUUACAAAUGUCCCUCAAGAGCAGGGUCUGGUAUUUAAUUUGAAAUGAUCUCGGGGCUUGGGGAAGGAGUGGGGAAGUGCAAUUUUUUACACCAAGUUGAAUUAUUGAAUUUUUCUGACUAGCAAUACACAACCUAAAGGUCUACUCAGGUAGGAACCCACUGGGUUUGCUGAAACAAAACUGCUCUGUGUACUCUUGGAAAGAUCACUGCAGGUGGUGUAAGAGCUGCUGGUAGAGUGUGCCAUCCCUGACACCCACAGCUGACAGAAGCUGCAGGGCUGUGGGAGCUGCAGGAACCAGUGAUCAAACCAAUCCAGGUGCCUUUUUGGAAGGGAAGGGGGGAGGGAAGGGGGAAUUGCAAAGCCACUCAGGCAGAAGUUCCCAAAGUUUCCUUGUUUGCCAAGUUUUAGUGCCUUUUCAGGAGAGAUGCUGCUAAGAACUGGUGUCACAGUACAUGAAGAACAAAUUAUUUCACAUUCCUGACAGGAUUCACAUGUUAGUGCCUUAAGUUCUCUUCCCUGCCAGGGAAAACUGAGCUUCCUUGGGAAGAUGGAAAAGUAUUUCUGAUGAGCUGGCUGCAGAAUACAGUGGAACCCAAAGUCACUUAAAAAGAGGUGUUUGGGAGUUUUUUUGAAGAUACUGGAAAAAUAUCUAUGAACUUUCAGGAAGAAGGCAGUUAAGGGCUUGAGAGAUGACAACAAACUGAGGCCAAAAGAACUAUUUUAAAUAUACUAAGUUGGGGUUUUUUUCCAGUGGUUGCUUAUAUACUUCUAAUUUUUGACUACAGUUGAAGUAGUAGAAUGUUAUUUUUGGGUUAAUGACUUUUAAAUUGAGGCAUAAAUACAAGGGCAACUUGAUCUGCUGUAUUUUCACCUUCUUACAACAACAUUGGUUUUCAUAAACCACGUGUUGCAACUCAAAACAUUUCUAAUAAAUAUGAAGUUUGUGCUGGA